UAAAAAAAAAAAAAAAACAAAAAAAAAGUUUAUUAAAUAUGAACAAAAAGAAAAAUUUUAAUUAUCUGGUUUGAAUUCCAGGCUAAAAAGUCUUACAUUUUAUUAUAUAACCAAAGAAUUGAAAACAAAAGAAAAAAAAUUUUUUUUGCCUUGAAAAAACAAACAGAAAAAAUUUGCCGCCGGUUAAUUUGAUGUUAAAAAAAUGUGUUAUGUGAGAAACUGUUACUUAGUAUCUAUGUAAAAAAAAGUACGAGGCGAACUCAAUAAUAAUCACAGCAACCAGUGUUUAAAUGUGUUUUUAGAAAACGAAAAAAAUAGGAUGUUUCCUUAUAUGUCACUGCAUCUCUGUGUGGCGGUGGCAUUCAUCUCUUGGUAGCAAUAAGUUCGAAUAAAAGUAAAAUUCGCUGUAAAACUGUUAAAAUAAGUAAAACGUUAUUCGUUUGAAAAGAUCUGUCUGUACUGUCAUUUCUUUUUCCUUUCGUUUUUCGUUUUCCGUUUUGUUUUCUUUUUUAAUCGAUCGCUGUUAUAUUUUAUGUUGCAUAUUAAAUGACAGUACACAGUAAUGACAGUGGUGUGUGCUUAGUAAUGAAUGCUGUUUCAACUCGACCAAGUGCAUCGCCCACCUCCACGCAAACACCUUUACAUACUAUUCAGCAAGUGCAGCCAACAAAUUUAACGACAAGCGCCGUGCCGUCGUCCACAGCCAGCCUCACUACACCCACUGUUGCUAGCGCAAUGGCUGUUACAUCCACAGUGCCGCCGGGUGCUCGUUCAGUGUCACCUGCCACGCCAUACAACACUGCAAGUUCUUCAGCAGGUCUUGCAUCAGCCGGGCCGGGUGGUGGUGGUACUGGUAGUGGUGGCGGCCACGUAGCACAAUCCUCUGUAUUGCCUGGUGUUCCCCUAACAACGGUUACCCCAGGAGGACAGGGUGUGCCACCGAAUGCGGCGAGUACACCUUCAACUGGUAAUCGGUGCUGUGACACCGGUCGCACAAUAUAUACUGAUCCUGUCAGCGGUCAAACAUUGUGCUCCUGCCAAUACGAUAUGUUAAGCUAUCAAAGGCUUGCUGCUGCUGGUAGCCUUGUGGCUGGGCCGGGUGGCGUGCCAUUGGGCGUGUACCCAGAAGGCAUGUCGGCCUAUUUGUCUGGUAUGAGUACUGAUCAACCAGCUUUCUAUGCAAAUCCGGCCGGUUUGGAUUUAAAAGAAAACCUGGUAGCUGGUGGCACACCUUGGCCUUAUCCAUCGGUAUAUCAUCCAUACGAUGCCGCAUUUGGUUAUCCAUUUAACAGUUACGGUAUGGAUUUGAAUGGUGCACGACGUAAAAAUGCUACGCGUGAAACCACCUCUACAUUGAAGGCCUGGUUAAAUGAGCAUAAAAAAAAUCCAUAUCCUACGAAGGGUGAAAAGAUCAUGUUGGCCAUUAUAACAAAAAUGACUUUAACUCAAGUGUCCACUUGGUUUGCCAAUGCACGUCGAAGACUGAAGAAAGAGAAUAAAAUGACUUGGGAGCCGCGUAAUCGUGUCGAUGACGACGAUGCUAAUUUGGAUGACGACGAUCAUAAGAGCACUGACGAUAAUGAUCUAUUAGAUGCUAAAGAUUCUGGUUUAGGCUCCAAUGAAGAUAAAGAUCACCGUAUAUUAGGGGAACGGCCGGGUGAAAGCAAUAACAGUGAAUGGUCCGGUUCACGACCUGGCUCGCCUAACGGAUCUCCUGAUUUAUAUGAUCGGCCUGGGCUUAUGCCUGGAGGAGGUCAUCCUAUGUUUCAUCCUGCGACUUUGCAACAUUUUCGUCCACCUGCCGGCUCUCCGCCCGAUAUAGCGGCGUACCAUCAUCAUCAACAGCAACUGCUACAACAUCAUCAACAAGCCCAGCAGCAAGCUUUAAAUUCAGCUGCCAGCGGCAGUACCAGUGCCAGUCUGGCAGUUAAACCCCGAAUUUGGUCUUUGGCCGAUAUGGCAUCAAAAGACGCCGCCAAAGAAACAAAUAAAGACAGUCCGCCUGGCAGUGAUUUACCGACUGCGCAUCCUGCUUUCUACGGCCAUCCCGGUCAACAUCCAGGUGCUGGUAAAAUUUUAUCUCCCUUAGCGGCUAGAAUACCUAAUUACGCACCGUACGUGAGACCAGAUUUAUAUCGUGGUUUUUAUGGACCGGCAGCAGCAGCAGCUGCACAUUUAGGUGCACCGACGCAGGAGUUUCUUGAACACCAAAGAACGUUUGGUGCAAGUUUAGCAGCGCACAAUGGUUUAGGUAUGAAUCCUUUAUUAUGGAAAGCAGCCGUAACCGGAGCGGCUGCGGGAGCACCGCACUUUGCACCGCUUAGUUUGACUACAGCCAGCAGUCACAACCCCGCACAACAAAUCCCGCCUUCAGGAACUUCGCCAUCGGGUUCGAGUAGUUCAUCUUCGACAGGCUGUGAUGUUGUACAAACCCCGCCUUCAAGCCACCAUAAUUUGGUCGCUAUAUCAAACAAUUCUAAUUCAUCGACAACGUCAUCAAAUUCCGGUAAAUUAUCCCCUGGUAAACCAUGACAAUCGUCUUUAGUCACAUCAUUUAACAACGAUAACGCAAAUGCAAUAACAGCAAAGGCUUCACCCAUAUCCGCCUUUCGUUCUUUGAUUGCUUUCCGGGAGCAACAUUUACAACAACAAGCACCCAAACUAAUAAUGAGACCUUAAAUUGUGACAAUUUAAGCUAUAUAUAUAAAUAUAUAAAAAAUAGAAACAUAUA